AUCGGACUAAGAGGAAAUGUUUGGUCAGAUCGUAAUAGGCCCACCAGGAAGUGGCAAGUCUACUUAUUGCUACGGAAUGCACCAGUUCCUUCUGGCAAUAGGUAGGAAACCUAGUAUCAUAAAUCUUGAUCCUGCAAACGAUCUGGUUCCUUACCCAGUGGAUCUUGAUAUCCGCGACUACAUCACUGUGGAAGAAAUCAUGGAUGAGCUUAGUUUAGGACCUAAUGGCUCACUCAUGUAUGCCAUGACAAACCUUCUGGAUCAUUUAAUUGAAGAGUUUAUUCAGGAAGUUAAAGAGCUUGUGAAGUCUGGGAGCUAUUUAGUUUUUGACUGUCCUGGUCAAGUAGAACUCUUUACUCAUGAUAACUCGAUGUUCAGAUUGUUUAAGAAGCUAACAAAGGCCGACGACUUGAGACUAUGCUGUGUGAAUCUAGUGGACUCCGUUCAUCUUGUGUCUCCAUCUCUGUACAUUUCGGUGCUUCUUUUAAGUUUACGAUCAAUGUUACAAAUGAAUAUGCCACAGAUAAACGUCAUCUCCAAAAUCGAUAUGAUCAAGAGCUACGGUCAGUUACCAUUCCGGUUGGACUAUUAUACUGAGGUUCAGGACUUGAAGUAUUUAAGUCCAAUGCUUGAGAAGGAGUCAAAUUCGCCAUUGGGAAAACGGUUUGUGCAUUUGAGUGAGACAAUUGGUGAUAUUAUUGAAGACUUUAAUCUAGUGUCAUUUGAAGUGCUAAGUGUUGAAAAUAAGAAGAGCAUGAUUAACUUGUUAGCUGUGAUAGACAAAGCAAAUGGGUACAGCUUCGGUACCAAUGAGAUAAGUGGUGAUACCAUAUGGAGUGAUGCUGUGAGGUCUUCGACUUCCCAUAUGAUUGAUAUUGACAUCCACGAAAGAUGGAUAGAGAAUAAAGAGAAACUCGACGAACAAGAGCAAAAGGAAUCAGAGGAAAUUAUGAGCAGCCCGGAAAAUACUGAACAGGGCGUUACACAAGUUGCUACAGAAGACGACCAAUGGGAAAUGGAGUUGAAAAAUUGGGAGAAUCAAACUGGUCUCAAUGCCAUUAGACGAUAAACUCCGGCAUAAACCACCAAGAUUGUAUAUAUAUUCAUGUACUUAUUUUAAUAAUGAACUAGCCAACGUCAAGUCUUCGUCUCCACUGUAUCCCUUUAAGAACUCAGCCAAUGAUUUGCUGUGAGAAUCGAUUUUCUUGGUCAAUUCAACAACCAUUCUUUUGCUUUCGUUCAAUACCUCAACUUGUUUCUUCAAUUCAUAAGGAUCUGCAUUGUUUGUUCUCAUCUGAUCCACAAGGCUCGCCUGUUCGGCAGUUUCUUGAUUAUACAAGGAUUCUUCCUUUAUGAGUCUUUUCAAAGCGUUGACUUUGAUUUCCAAUGGAGUAGGUGCCAUAUUACCGGACGUGUUGUAU